AUGACGGGCAAGAAACGGCAGGCAUCACCAAAAAAGAAUGCAGAUCUUGAGAAUUUAAUUCAUCAGCGAUUACAAAUUAAAAAUAAUAUAAUUCGCAUUAAAACGGGUCUUGAAGAAAGAACUUUAUCGUUAAAUCCAAUCGAAUUAGAAUGUCGAUUAGAUAUUUUAAAUUCAUAUAUUGACCAAUUAAUGAAUUGUCAGUCGGAAAUAGAAUCCAUUGAUCGAAAUGAUGAUUCCCGCGGUGAAUUGGAAGACAUUUGUGUUGGUGCAAAAGCACUACUAAUUUCACAUGUCAACAAAAGACGAAAGUCGAGUGCAGUUGACUAUUCUUUUAGCAACCCACACCAUUCACGACUUCCAAAAAUGUCUUUACCUAAAUUCAGCGGCAAAUACUCUGAGUAUAAAAAUUUCAUCAGCCUUUUCGAAAGUUUAGUAGACAACGAUCCAAUGCUUCCGGAUAUUGAAAAGUUCAACCAUUUAAUUUCUUGUUUAUCUGGUGCAGCUUUAGGAACAGUUAAGGCGUUCCAAAUUACCGAACAAAACUAUCCGAAAGCACUGGCGAAAAUUUCCAAACCAUCCGCGUCUUCAUUGCGAAGCAUGAUCGAUACAGUUUCUGCAAUUUAUGAUUCGCUUCUUUCAUUGGGAGAUGAAAAGAAUAUAACAAACGCGAUCAUAAUACAUUUAGUUAUGUCAAAGGUGGAUGCAACCACAAGGUCAAAAUGGGAAGAACAAUUAGAUUUUAAUACUCUUCCUUUGUGGAAAGAUUGUGAAGAAGCUCUUAAUAAAAGAUAUCAGCAUCUUUCUGCUGAAGAAGCUUCAAGUUCAAAAUUCAAAUCUUCCGAUAAGCAAUCCAAGCUUAACCAAGAUUCAAGUCGUUUUAGAAAUCAAAAAUCUUCAUUUGCUUGUGUAAACUCGCAACAAAAUAAAUCCAAAUGCAUAUAUUGCAAAUCAAACGACCAUUACAUAACUACGUGUCAAAAUUUUACUUUAUUGUCUGUCCAGCAAAGAUUCGAAUAUGCUAAAGGUGUUCCAAUUUGCAUUAACUGCCUUCGAAAAGGACACACAGUUUCGAAAUGCAAAAUGAGUCGGUGCAGCGUUUGCAAUCGAUCUCAUCAUACAUUGCUGCAUCAGUACGAAUCAACUUUUAAUAGUCCACCGACACAAGCAUCAACAAGUUUUCAAGCUAUGCAUGCCUCUGUUUCGAGUGAUAAAGUUAUUCUUGCUACUGCAAUCGUGCAAAUAAAGGGCAGUUCUGGAGAAUAUAUGCCAGCUCGAGCAUUACUUGAUUCUGGCUCUCAAUUAAACUUCAUCACAGAAGAAUUAGCCCAAAGAUUAAAACUUCGAAAAGAAGAAAAACCUCUGAAUCUGCUUGGCAUUGGAAAGGCAAGUACUACAGUAAAUAAAAAAGUACAUGCAGAAGUAAAAUCAAGACUUAAUGAUCAUUCGUUUUCUGCUGAUUAUUGGGUAAUGAACUCAAUAUCCUCGUACCAGCCGGAUCAAACAAUAAAUACUUUGGAUUGGAAUAUUCCUUCCAACAUUCAACUAGCUGAUCCGUAUUUCAAUAAGCCACAAAAAAUUGACCUACUUAUUGGAGCAGACACAUUUUUUGAAUUGUUGUCUGUUGGUCAAAUUAAACAAGGUCCCGAAUUUCCAACUAUUCAAAAGACACUUCUUGGUUGGAUAAUAUCUGGGAAAUACCCCAAGGGUACAAAUAAAAAUACCAAGCAUUGCAAUCUGGUAUAUCAGUCUGAAGAUUUAUCAGAUUUAGACGAAAAGAUACCAAAGCUUUGGUUAUUGGAAGAAAUUCCUGGAGAAACGAAAAAAUAUUUCACUCCAGAACAACAAUUGUGUGAAAAGCACUUUGUUGAAAAUACAAAACUUUUGCCGACAGGUCGUUUUGAGGUAAAACUUCCAUUCAAAUUAUCCUCAAACUCGCUUGGAGCAUCAUUCGAAACUGCCAAACGCAGAUUUCUCGCACUUGAGCGAAAGCUAUCCAAAGAUAGCAUUUUGAGAGGCAUGUAUAUGGAUUUCAUGAAAGAAUAUAUUGCGUUGGGACAUAUGUCACCAACAAAUAAUGAAAUCCCAAAGGGCCCGCACUAUUUCAUUCCACAUCAGUGUGUUUUGCGACCGCAGAGCACAAGUACAAAGUUGAGAGUUGUUUUCGACGCCUCAAGUCGAACAUCUACUAUCACUGAAUGA